AUGGACAACGCAGGAUCCACCUCCAGGGCUAUCUCAGCAGACCGAGCGUGCACUGAAAUUACACUUCCACAAGCAAGUUCUGCACAAACUCCGCCGGAUGCACAGAAUGAUGGGAACGAAGGGAAUGCAGAGGUAGUUUCGACUCCACAAGCACCUAGAUCGGACAUGAGAUUUGAUACACUUGAAGAUGCUCAGAGACACUACUUGGCAUUUGCAAGGAGGAGAGGAUUUGGAAUCAGAUACAAUUACAGGAAGAAAUCCGAGGUCACUGGCGAAUACAUAAGAGCAGCUAUGGUUUGCCAUAAAGCAGGUCACCAAGCAAAAGUAAAAGAAGAUACGCAGAAACCUAAACCAGUUGUACCGGAAAGGAUGAAGUGCAGCAACAUUAGGACUGACUAUCCAGCUAGGAUGGUGUUGAAAGUCAGAGACGGUACCUGGCUGGUGACGGAAUUCUGUGAUGAUCACAAUCACCCUCGAAUCAAGAAGUGGUAG